AUGGGAAGUUUGAAGAUGUCCUGUCUUUUCAUGCUCAGCGGCUCGCUCUUGUUUACCCUGUUUUCGAACCCACUUGGCCCAGUGUAUGAGAAUGCACGAUCGAGUUGCCAGACUGUUAUCUUCGGGAGAAGACUAUCUGAACUGUCGCUCUUCUUGGAGGACUGCGAUCAGACGAGUGACUCGACUACGAGCAUAAGUGCGUGUAGUAGUGUAGAUGGUUCCAUCGAUGAUUGCAGCGCCGGUUGUAGCGAUGGUUCCACUAUUGACUGCAGGGUUGUCGGCAGCGCUGAUCGCAUCGUUGAUUGCAGCUAUGAUGAGCAUUUGAGAAUCUUUAGCUGUGAGUCCAAAGGCAAUUUAACAGACGAUGACAGUUACAGCGACGGUGACGACUUCCAGCUCAAAUUUGACGAUGAUGAGAUCCUCUCGUACGGUUACGUACAAGAGGACUUCGAUCGAAGCCUGACGAACAGUGAAAUCUUUCAACACGUUUCCUAUUACUUGUUCUUCAUAAGUAAGGAGGAUGCAUUUAUUGGAUUUUAUUAUUACAUUAUCUACCUGAACCGAUGUUACAAUAAUGUCAUGAGAGAAUUAAAACGAUGGUUUGCUAACACGUCAAGAUGGAGCAGCAUACCUAACGAUGUCCAAAUGAAAUACUGGGAUAAAUGUAAAACGGAUCAAAGAAAAAUUUUAACAAGGAUACAACAAGACAGUAAAUCCAAUUUUGAACGCAUGGUAAAGGGAAAAAACAGGCGGGUCCUGCCAACCAGCCGUUAUUUUGGAUGCCUGAUUCUCUGCAAGGAAUUAUGGAGACGCGCAAUUGAAGAAAUUGUGGACAAGUGGACUGACAUCUACAUGGAAGAAGUUGCAAAUUAUAAUGAAAAAAUUCAGUUACCAUCCAGCGGUGGGGGGGAUUCUGGUGAGUGA